AUGGGUACUAACAAAAAAUUUAUUAAUAAUUUAAGGUUUAAGCCCAUUAUGAAAAAUCGGAAUGUUUUAUUAUUGUUAAUUGGAGUAGCAAUAAAUGCUUCUUCGGCCUUGGGAACACCAUAUAUGGACUUGGAAUAUGUAGUUGGGGGAGAAAAAAAGUCUGGAAGAGUUACUUUUGAACUAUACUGGAAUGAAGCUCCUAAAACAGCUAGAAAUUUCUAUGAACUUGUAAAGGGAACAGAAAUUGGAGAUGGAUUCUAUAAGUAUGAAGGCAGUCUUUUCCACCGGAUUAUUCCGGGGUUCAUGAUGCAAGGUGGGGAUAUCCUUAUGGGAAAUGGAACAGGCUCUAUUUCCAUAUAUGAUGGAAAACCUUUUGCAGAUGAAGAUUUCAUAAAAACUCACGACAGCAUUGGAAAAUUGUCUAUGGCUAACAGCGGGCCCAACACCAAUGGAUCCCAGUUCUUCAUCACAUUUGCCCCCCAGCCUCACCUUGAUCGUAAGCACGUCGUGUUUGGAAAUGUCAGUGAAGAGUCCAUUCCCUUAAUAAACGAUAUACAAAGAGUGAAUACACGCCAUGCUAGACCCGUAAUUCCGGUGAAAAUAGUAAAAUCAGGGAUAAUAGAAGAAGGUGGAAAGGAAUAUCUUUAA